AUGAGGGUGGCGUGGUCGGUGAUAUCGCGACCGAGUCGACGAUGUCACCUGUCGCUGCCGUUGAUCCUGAUCCUCACGCUAUCGCUAUCGUUGCCGAUAACGUGUUCGUUACCGGCCGAUAUAGUACAGAAAUUCCACGAUCCAGAAGUGGAACGUAUGAACCACCUGGUAGUGGACAAGAACACGGGCCGGGUGUACGUAGGCGCAGUUAAUCGUCUCUAUCAGCUGUCGCCGGACCUGCUGCUGGUCGUAAAGGAGGUCACCGGACCGAAGGGCGAUUCCACAGCGUGCUCGAUGCUAGACUGCCCCCGUGAGGCGCAAAAGCGGCCAGUCGACAACGUAAACAAGGCCCUGGUGAUCGAUUACACCACUACGCGGCUCAUCUCCUGCGGCAGCCUAUUCCAAGGCAUGUGUACAGUGCGCAAUCUGCACAACAUAUCGGACGUGGUGCAGGAAGUAAAGGAGGCGGUGGUAGCAAACAACGCCACUGCGUCAACGGUCGCGUUCAUCGCACCUGGCCCGCCAAAUCCACCGGUCUCCCAAGUCAUGUACGUCGGAGUGACCUUCACCGGUAAUUCACCUUAUCGCUCGGAAGUGCCGGCGGUGAGCUCACGUUCCCUCGACAAGGACAAGAUGUUGAACAUCGCAGAAGCAGCAGUGACGACCGGUACGCGAAUGUACGUUAACUCUCUAUCGCGCGAACGUUACCCUAUUAACUACAUCUACGGCUUCAGCAGCGGUGGGUUUAGUUAUUUUCUCACCACACAAAUGAAGAAUACGGAGACACCGAUCUAUUUGUCAAAAUUGGUCCGCGUGUGCCAGGAUGACGAGCAUUAUUAUUCUUACACGGAGAUACCGAUUAAUUGCACUAGCGACGAGCGUAUCUACAAUCUGGUGCAAGCCGCCUACGUCGGCAAGGCCGGUUCGGUACUCGCUGGCGACCUGGGCAUCACCGCUCAGGACGACGUGCUCUUCGCUGUAUUCGCCGAGAGCGACGGGCCCAACAGUGACGUGCCGCGACCGCACUCAGCUUUGUGCGUGUACUCGCUUAAGGCGAUCCGCCGCAAGUUCAUGAGCAAUAUACAGAGAUGUUUCAGCGGCGAGGGACAGCGAGGCCUGGAAUUCAUCUCACCGAGCCACAAAUGCAUAUCAACGGUGAGUCAUUUUGAACAGCUUAAUUUAACCGCUGCUUCUUCUCCGACAUGUACGUAA